GGGAUCCAUUCCACUUGACACAAUGUGCAGUUCUCGUGUUUUCGAUGGCUUUACAAGCAUAGGCCCUUCACUUGAUUGGUGUUGGUGCUAAAGAGGAGUGAACUUAUGGUGCUCUAAAGUGUGUAUUCGGAUGGGAGAAAAGAUGCUUAACUCGGUUGAGCAAAUUUGACGUCUCAAAAAUUAUUUAUAUAGUUGAAUGGUUUUCCUGCCGGUCUCUUCAAUGGUUUCGCUCAAAACAUUGUCUUAAACGAGAAUACCCUUUUGGCGAUUAUCUUAGUCAACCAAAAGAAAGAAGGACUUGCCGUAUUUUCCCAGUGAAAAGACCCUGUACCAAGCCAGACGUAAACGGUUGGGGUGCCGAUCCAAGGCAACCAUAAUGGAGGGCAGAACCAGGCGAGAAGCCAGCUUCUACCAACAGUUCCGAGCCACCCUGAUUCGGAACUUGUUGAGGAAGAAACGCGCCCUUCGUCAUACCCUUCGGGAAAUCUUGGCUCCCAUCUACUUCUUGGCCAUUAUCAUAAUCUUAAAACUCGCCAUUCCUGAGCCUUUCUACGCUCAAGUGGAUCAACCACAGCCUCCCAUUGAAGUCUUCAGCACUUUCCCAUUUCAAUACACCGAACGAGCAGAUCUGAUCAUCAUUCCGUCUGAUCUGGAAAACCAUGAGUUUAUGCUACAGCUCCAAAAUAAUCCAACUUUAAAGAUUGCGAAUUUCACCUUUCUGGAUUCGGAGGAAGACUUGGAACAACUAUUUGAUCAAGAUCCAAACCAGAUCUACGCCGCCAUUAUUUUCAAUGAUUACUCAUUGGACACGUUGGAUUAUCAAAUUCGGUUCUCCUCUCAAGAUCCAAUUUAUGCCUUACCGGGUUCUUACUCAAAAAUCGGGGGCAACACCGAAUGUCGAGUGAAAGGUAAACCUACCGCCAAUCAAAAAGAACUUGGUCUUUCCGCCUUUUUUCCGAUUCGCAAACGAAUGCUCGGGAACUUGGGUGGAAAAAUGAGCCGUCAAAUUAGAUCGGUGGAACAAGAUGAGGGUCCUUAUACUAAAAUACAGGAUGGUCCUGAUUCGCUUUUCGGGUUUCCUGCUCCUUGCAGCGUUGGAACUUAUUACUGGUCAGGGUUUUCAACCAUCCAAGCUGUCAUUGACAACGAAUGGAUGAAGUUCCAAUUGGCCAAGUCAGGCGAGACAUUCACGUUCCCGAAAAUCGCCCUUCAAAUGAUGCCUAAGCACGAAUUCACGGGCACGGCGGCCGUGAUUUUGCGCUCAAUCAUCCCACUGUACUUGGUCAUCUCGUUGUCCCAGUUCAUCACACCCAUGUUGAUUGUGGUGGUGGAUGAGAAGGAGAAGAAAAUCAAGGAGAGCAUGAAGAUGGUGGGACUUCGGGAUUCUGUAUUUUGGCUCUCAUGGUUCGCUGUCUACUCGGUGAUGGUUCUCAUUAUCGCCAUCAUUGGAUCUGUCCUUGUCUACUUUGUAGUGAUCAAGAGCACCAAUUUCUGGGUGCUUUUCGUCCUCAUGUUCGAGUUUGGAUUGUCCAUGAUCAUGUUCGCCUUCAUGCUCACGUCACUCUUCAGCAAAGCUAAGCCCGCUGGGAUUGUGGGUGGAUUAUCCACGAUGCUCCUGUCGUGCUUGUACUACUUGCAAGUUUUCCUCUCUGGAUCCCACGAGAUCAUUUUUUGGUUACUGGGCCUGCUGAGUCCCACGGCUUUCGCCAUGGGGGUAGACAAGCUCAUGUACUUUGAUUUGGAGUCAAAACAGUUGGAUCUCUGGGAUCCCGCGGACAGUAUCCCCGUGGCGGGCGUUAUGAUCAUGCUAGCUGUGGAUAUUGUUUUGUACUUGCUUAUCGCAUUCUACUUGGACAACGUGGUUCCUACUGAGUAUGGAACCCGUCGGAAGCCGUGGUAUUUUCUUCAACCCUCAUACUGGAAAUCGUCUGUCAACAGCGCCCUCUGUGCCAGGAAAUCUCAAGUGAAUGAUCCUGACCGGAUGCAAAAGAUGCGCAGUUUGAUCGAUGAAUCCAAUUUCAAUGGACCCGAUUUUGAAGCCAUCCCAUCAUCGAUGAAAGGCCGUGAGGCUAUUGUGAUCAACCAACUCAAAAAGACCUUCAAAUCUUUGGGGAGUGCACCCGUUCAUGCGGUCAAAGACAUCAGUCUCAAGAUCUAUCCUGGCGAGAUCACGGCCAUUUUAGGGCAUAACGGGGCCGGUAAAAGCACCUUAUUCAACAUGCUCACAGGAAUGACCUCAAUUACUUCAGGCUCAGCCGAUAUUUUUGGAUUUGAUGUGACGGACAGUAAUCAGAUGGAAGAAAUCCGGAAGAUCACUGGAAUUUGCCCUCAACAUGAUGUCCUCUUUGACGAGCUGACCCCAAGGGAGCAUUUGACGUUUUUCGCCAGAAUCCGAGGAAUGGAAGAAAGUGAAAUUCCCCAAGAAGUGGAGAGCAUCCUGAAAGACACUAAUUUGGAAGAAAAGGCGGAUGCCGUGGCUUUGAACUUGUCCGGUGGUCAAAAGCGGAAAUUGUCCGUGGGUAUCGCUUUGAUUGGCGAUCCCAAGAUCAUAUUUCUGGAUGAACCCACUGCUGGUGUUGAUCCCUAUUCACGACGACAUCUCUGGUCAGUCUUGAAAGAAAGGAAAGAAGGAAAGGUGAUUCUCUUGACAACUCACUUCAUGGAUGAAGCGGACAUUUUGGCAGAUAGAAAGGCCAUUGUGUCAGAUGGAAAGGUCCGUUGUUACGGGUCAUCUUUGUUCCUCAAGAAUAAAUUUGGAGUGGGCUAUCACUUAACUUUGGUUUUGGAACCAAGUGGGAACAUCUCGGAGAUUCGAGAACUUGUCAAGCGUUUCAUGCCGGAUGCAGAACAGAAUCGACUUUUUGGGCGAGAACUCUCGUUCAUUUUACCUCGGGAUGACGUGGACAAAUUUCCAGACCUGUUUUCCGCCAUCGAAUCGGAUAUUGACAAGAAUCUCUCGGGCAUCAGCAGCUACGGUGUUUCCAUGACCACUUUGGAGGAGAUAUUUUUGAAAUUAGGCGAAGAGGAAAAGGCCAAAAAGGAAGUGGACGAGCUAGAAAUGUCGGGCGAAGCCACCCAGGCCAUGAUUUCCAAACAAGAUGUUGGCAAGAUGAAUGGUUCGGUCGCACCCACCCAACACAUGGCCAAUAACCAAAGCAAUAAGGAAAUGGGCGGAUUCUCAUUCGAGGCUGUGCCAACGGAGAAAUCCAAGUGGCAAAUGUUCUGGGCUUUAGCGUGGGUUCGUUUUGUUCGCAAGUAUCGAGAACCCGUAGCCGUACUGGUCCAGAUUGUUCUGCCCGUUGUGUAUCUGGUCUUGGGCAUUUGGCUCACCACUCUUACUUCAUUCGAUCCUCCCAAAGAGGAACCACUUAUCAUAUCGCCUGCCAUCUACGAAAAAGAUUUCCCUGAGACGGCUGAUUCGGCCGUGUUUUCUAUCUGGAGUCCUGACGGGGCUGACUUAAGUGGAAUGGUCGACAGACUUAAUGGAUCAACUUUGGAGUUGGGACAGACAACUCAAUUCAACGAUCUAUUGUCAACAAUGCAAAUGGGCGCUUAUAAGGUGAAGGAGUUCAAUGAGGCCGCCAAGUCGCUGGAUGUGACGGUCUUGGUGAAUUUUACCAGUCUUCAUUCGGUCCCCAUUAUCAUCAACCAAAUUAGCAACAUCAUGGCUGAUCUCCAUAACCUUGACAGCAUCAACACCAUUUCUCAUAACUUCAAGCACACUUCCAUGGCUGGUGAUUUUGACUUUGGAUCAUUUGGUGGGACGAUUUUCAUUGGAUUUACUUACGUGCUUAUUCCAAUUGGCUUGGCUUUGGAGCUGAUAGAAGAUCGCGAGAUCCGGGCUAAAAACCAGCUGAGAGUAAAUGGAUUAACUUUUGGGCUUUACUACGGGUCUUUCUACCUUGUUUUGGGAGGAAUGAUGUUGAUAGUCUUGGCAGUGUUGCUGGGACUGGUUUGGGCUUUCCAAAUCGCUCCUCUCACCUUGAUGCCGGCUUUCUUGACCUUGGCUUUGUUGUAUCUUAUCUACACACCCGCUGCUCUCCUAUUUUGUUCAGCCAUCAGUUACUUGUUUGAUAAGGUGGAGAAUGGACAGUUCCUUUUCCCAAUUGCUUCCUACGUUGGAUUCAUUCCAUACAUUGCUGUCUCUUUAUUGGACAUGUUUCAGGUGGCAGAUGGAUUGGUGGGCAAGAUUUGCCACGUGGUUUUUGCCUUUUUGAGCCCAAUUUAUAUUCCAUUUGGAGCGGUCUACUAUAUCAAUCGACAAUUUGUCUUCAACCUUUGCGGAAUUACAACCGAUUGCUCGGAGAUCACCUUUGGCAACUACAUGGGACAAUAUGAGAUCUACACCUUGUUCAUUGCUUGUGGCUUCCACCUCAUUGUUUGGUUCAUUGUCCUCAAAGUGGCCGAUGUGGUCAAAGACGGUGGAAGCGUUCGAGAAGGAUUCUCAUUUUUGAUGAAGAACAACGACAAAUACAAAAAGAUCGACCAAGACCGCGAGAAUGUGGAUAUGAUCGAGGACGAAGACGUGGACGUUCGUCGGGAACGUGAUGAAGUCAAUGAAUACUUUGCUCACAACGGCGAAAGUCGUGUUGUGGCCGUUCAAGGCCUACGCAAAGAGUUCCCUACCAACGAAGGCAAAGCUGAAAAAACCUCGAUUAGCAAAGAGUCUCACAAGAAAGUGAGUAACAAGCUUAAGGUGGCCGUAAGAAACAUGACCAUGGGAGUUCAGCCAGGAGAGGUGUUUGGUCUCUUGGGCCACAAUGGAGCCGGAAAGACCACCACCAUGAGAAUCAUAACCGCUGAAGAGGCUUCCACUGCAGGCAAUGUGAAAAUUGGCAAGCAUAACAUUCUCUCGAACGCCUCUCCGGGCUUCGAUAUGUUGGGAUAUUGUCCUCAGUUUGAUGCCGUGUGGAAAACAAUCACAAUUCGGGAGCAUUUGCAAGUGUAUGCUGCCAUUCGAGGAGUGGCCAAGCCAAAUAUCGGCCGACUGACCAAUCAAUUCAUGGAAGGUCUCCAAAUUGAAGAGCAUUCCAACAAAUAUGCCAAGGACUGCUCUGGUGGAACGAAACGGAAGUUGAGCUACGCCAUGGCCAUGUUAGGCGAUCCCAAGAUUGUUCUGCUCGAUGAACCUAGCACAGGAAUGGAUCCGCAAUCCAAACGAUUUGUUUGGGACACCAUUUUGGCCAGUUUCAAGGAUGAUAGAGGAGCCAUUUUGACAACACAUUCCAUGGAGGAAGCUGAUGCAUUGUGUACCAGGGUUGGAAUCAUGGUCAAAGGAGCUCUCAGAUGUUUGGGAUCCACUCAACACUUGAAAAACCGUUAUGGAAGUGGAUACAUGCUAGAGGCCAAACUAAAGAAUGAAGGUGGUCCAGAGGAGGCCUUGGAUCAACAUUGGUCAACUCUAGAAAAAGAAAUCCUCAACGAGUUUCCCGGCGCUGUCCUCCAAGAAAAAUUCGCUGAUAGACGAACCUAUUCCAUUCCACAGUCAGCAUUCUCAUCCUUGGCCUCGGCUUUCAAAACCUUGGAACAUCUGAAAUCCACUCACGACGUCGAGGAGUACAGCUUUGGUCAGACUACUUUGGAGCAAGUGUUCCUGGAAUUUGCAAAGCAACAAGAGGCUGCUGACGAGGAGGCAGAUUCUGACGAAAUGGAACAUCCUACAAAUAGGUUGGACGGCAGUCAGAGGAGUGUCAGUAGAACGGGGAGCAUCCUCCCUGUAACCGAGCUGUGAUUACGUGUAUACGUUUUUGGUUGAAAAUAAUUCCGAACUAUUUCUAAUGCUUUUAAGAAUUGAGAAAAGCAUAUCAUGAAUAUUUUUUGUGAAAAAAAUAUGUUUCCAAGGAAUGUUAUUUUUGGCAGCUUUCCAAAGAUCAUUUGCCAUUUUAUGUGAUUAAUAUUGAUGUACACGUGGUGUUUAAUGAUGUUCCAUUAAAAACAAAAUUAUACCCAAAAGACAA